AUUCAGACUCCUCCACAAUACUACACUACUAUACCUAACCCUGGAUCUACCAUUCAGACUCCUCCACAAUACUACACUACUAUACCUAACCUUGGAUCUACCAUUCUAACUCCACUCCAUAAUACUACACUACUAUACCUAAUAGAGGUCUACCAAUUUAUCAGAAUGGCCAAUUAUUUAGGUCUGAUUUGAAGUUUUCAUAACAAUCGGUAUUCAGCAUUUUUGGACACAGAUUAUGGCCGAUUGCAUUCCACAAGGAGAGUGCGUGGCAGGCUGACUACCUGUUACGCGAGUGCAGUAAGGAGCCAAGGUAAGGUAAAUUCAAUCAAUCUUAACAUAAUCACUAGUUAAACUAGUAAUAUCAUCAACCAGUGUGUUACGGCUUUCUAGGUGGGAAGGAGAGUCGGACCAAAAUGCGGCGUGUAGAUUGCGAUCCAUGUUUAAUAAAAAAAAACGUAAAACACGAAUCAAUUACAAACCCUACAAAACAAAGAAGGUAACGAAAACCGAAGCAGCCUAUACUGGUGUAAAUAAACACAGAACAAUGACAUCAGGACACUAAGGACAAUCACCCACGAAACACUCAAAGAAUAUGGCUGCCUAAAUAUGGUUCACAAUCAGAGACAACGAUAAACACCUGCCUCUGAUUGAGAACCACUUCAGACAGCCAUAGACUUAACUAGAACCCCCCCCCCCCCCCCCCAAGGUGCGGACUCCCGGACGCACACCAAAAACCAUAGGGGAGGGUCCGGGUGGGCGUCUGUCCAUGGUGGCGGCUCCGGCGCGGGACGUAGACCCCACUCUAUAUAAGUCUUAGUCCCUCCUCCUCGCGUCCUUGGAUAGUCCACCCUCGCCACCGACCAUGGCCUAGUAGUCCUCACCCAGAACCCCACUGGACUGAGGGGCAGCUCGGGACUGAGGGGCAGCUCGGGACUGAGGGGCAGCUCGGGACUGAGGGACAGCUCGGGAAACAGGGGUAGCUCGGGACUGAGGGGUAGCUCGGCACUGAGGGGUAGCUCGGCACUGAGAGGAAGCUCAGCAUUGAGAGGAAGCUCAGCAUUGAGAGGAAGCUCAGCACUGAGAGGAAGCUCAGCACUGAGAGGAAGCUCAGGCAGGUAGUUGGAUCUGGCAGAUCCUGGCUGACUGGCAGAUCUGGAAGAGUCUGGCUGACUGGCAGAUCUGGAAGAGUCUGGCUGACUGGCAGAUCUGGAAAAGUCUGGCUGACUGGCGGAUCCUGGCAGACUGACGGAUCUGGAAGAGUCUGGCUGACUGGCAGAUCUGGAAGAGUCUGGCUGACUGGCGGAUCUGGAAGAGUCUGGCUGACUGGCAGCUCUGGCUGCUCCAUGCUGACUGGCGGCUCUGGCUGCUCCAUGCUGACUGACGGCUCUGGCUGCUCCAUGCAGACUGGCAGCUCUGGCUGCUCCAUGCAGGCUGGCAGCUGUGGCUGCGCUGAACAGGCAGGAGACUCCGGCAGCGCUGUAGAGGAGGAAGGCUCUGACAGCGCUAAACAGGCGGGAGACUCUGGCAGCGCAGGAGACGAGAAAGGCUCUGGCUGUGCUGAACAGGCGGGAGACUCCGGCAUCGCUGUAGAGGAGGAAGGCUCUGACAGCGCUAAACAGGCGGGAGACUCCGGCAGCGCAGGAGACGAGAAAGGCUCUGGCUGUGCUGAACAGGCGGGAGACUCCGGCAGCGCUGUAGAGGAGGAAGGCUCUGGCAGCGCUAAACAGGCGGGAGACUCCAGCAGCGCAGUAGAGAAGGAGGGCUCUGGCAGCGCUGAACAGGAGGGAGACUCCGGCAGCGCAGGAGAGGAGGAAGGCUCCGGCAGCGCUGGAGAGGCGGAAGGCUCUGGCAGCCCUGGACAGGCGGGAGACUCCGGCAGCGCAGGAGAGGAGGAAGGCUCUGGCAGCGCUGGACAGGCGAGGCGCACUGUAGGCCUGAUGCGUGGUGGUGGCACUGGUGGUACUGGGCCGUGGACACGCACAGGAAGCCUGGUGCGGGGAGCUGCCACCGGAGGGCUGGUGUGUGGAGGUGGCACAGGAUUGGCUAGACCGUGAAGGCGUACUGGAGAUCUUGAGAGCAGGACUGGCACAGGACGUGCAAGGCUACUGAGGUGCACAGGAGGCCUGGUACGUGAGUCUGGCACAAUCUUCACCAGCCGACUAACACGACCCUCAGGACGAGUAUGAAGCGCUGACCCAGGUGCCAUCAAAUCCCCAACACGCUCCGUCGGGCGAAUUCCAUGCUUAAAGCACCAACACAGCAACUCCCUCAUUUCUCUCUCCUCCAAUUUCCCCAUUAACUCCUUCACAGUCUCUGACUCCUGACUCUGCCACACUCUCCCUGAGACCCCCCCCCCAAGAAUUAUUUGGGGCUGACUCUCGGGCUUUCAUCCGCGUCGCCAUGCUGCCUCUUCAUACCGGCGCCUCUCCGCUUUCGUCGCCUCCAGUUCUUCCUUGGGGCGGCGAUAUUCUCCAGGCUGUUCCCAGGGUCCUUCUCCGUCAAGGAUCUCCUUCCAAGUCCAUUUCUCCAAGUAAUGCAGCCUCUCCUGCUGCUGCUGCUGCUGCUGCUGCUUCUGUUGCUUCUCCUGCUGUUGCUGUUGCUGCUGCCUCUGCUGCUGCUGCCUCUGUUGAUUCUCCUGAUUCCAGCGCCUCUCCGCUUCCGCCGCCUCCAGUUCUUCCUUGGAGCGGCGAUAUUCUCCAGGCUUUGUCCAGGGUCCUUCUCCUUUUAGGAUUUCCUCCCAAGUCCAGAAUUCCUUAUUUCGUAUCUCCUGCGGCCGUUGCUUCUCUUGCUGCUCCUGCCUGUUGACACGCAGCUUGGUCCUGUUGUGGUGGGUGAUUCUGUUACGGCUUUCUAGGUGGGAAGGAGAGUCGGACCAAAAUGCGGCAUGUAGAUUGCGAUCCAUGUUUAAUAAAAAAACGUAAAACACGAAUCAAUUACAAACCCUACAAAACAAAGAAGGUAACGAAAACCGAAGCAGCCUAUACUGGUGUAAAUAAACACAGAACAAGGACAUCAGGACACUAAGGACAAUCACCCACGAAACACUCAAAGAAUAUGGCUGCCUAAAUAUGGUUCCCAAUCAGAGACAACGAUUAACACCUGCCUCUGAUUGAGAACCACUUCAGACAGCCAUAGAUUUAACGAGAACACUCCACUAAGCUACAAUCCCAAUGCAAACACACCACAUACAAAAACCCAUGCCACACCCUGGCCUGACCAAAUAAAUGAAGAUAAACACAAAAUACUUCGACCAGGGCGUGACACAGUGUAGUUAUCUAGCUUGUCCUGCGUUGCAUAUAAAUCGAUGUGGUGCCUGUUAAUUUAUCAUCGAAUCACAGCCUACUUCGCCAAACGGGUGAUGAUUUAACAAGCGCAUUCGCGAAAAAAGCACUGCCAUUGCACCAAUGUGUACCUAAACAUGAACAUCAAUGCCUUUCUUAAAAUCAAUACACAAGUAUAUAUUUUUAAACCUGCAUAUUUAGUUAAUAUUGCUUGCUAACAUGAAUUUCUUAACUAUGGAAAUUGUCACUUCUCUUGCGUUCUGUGCAAGCAGUCAGGGUAUAUGCUGCAGUUCGGGCUGCCUGGCUCAUUGCGAACUGUGUGAAGACCAUUUCUUCCAAACAAAGAGUGUAAUUAAUUUGCCAGAAUUGUACAUAGUUAUGACAUAACAUUGAAGGUUGUGCAAUGUAACAGCAAUAUUUAGACUUAGGGAUGCCACCCGUUAGAUAAAAUACGUAACGGUUCCGUAUUUCACUGAAAAAAUAAAUGUUUUGUUUUCAAAAUAAUAGUUUACACAUAUUCCAAAAGUCUUUGCCUCAAUGUGCAUGCAGUUGCACGCACACCUGCCUGCUGCCAUUCCUGAGCUCUGUACUGGUAGUGCCCCGAUCCCGCAGCUGAAUCAACUUUAGGAGACGGUCUUGGUGCUUGCUGGACUUUCUUGGGCGCCCUGAAGCCUUCUUCAGAACAAUUGAACCACUCUCCUUGAAGUUCUUGAUGAUCUGAUAAAUGGUUGAUUUAGGUACAAUCUUACUGGCAGCAAUAUCCUUGCCUGUGAAGCCCUUUAUGUGCAAAGCAAUGAUGACGGCACGUGUGUCCUUGCAGGUAACCAUGGUUGACAGAGGAAGAACAAUGAUUCCAAGCGCCACCCUCUUUUUGAAGCUUCCAGUCUGUUAUCCGAUGUCAAUCAGCAUGACCGAGUGAUCUCCAGCCCUGUCCUCAUCAACACUCACACCUGUGUUAACGAGAUAAUCACUGACAUGACGUCAGCUGGUCCUUUUUGUGGCAGGGCUGAAAUGCACUGGAAAUGUUUUUGGAGAUUCAGUUCAUUUGUAUGGCAAAGAGGGACUUUUUAAUUAAUCUGAUCACUCUUCAUAAAAUUCUGGAGUAUAAGCAAAUUGCCAUCAUACAAACUGAGGCAGCAGACUUUGUGAAAAUUAGUAUUUGUGUCAUUCUCAACUUUUGGCCACGACUGUACAUAACCCUGGACCUCACAUAACCCUGGAUCCACAAAACUAUUCCUUGGAUCUCACAUUCAGAAUGUAUAUUUCAUGUUUGCAGUCACACAUUUGGUCCAUGUUGAAAUAUAUUUUAUUUCGAUAGAGAAUUUCUGCAAUUCCACCAGCAAGGAUGGAUUCUCCUUCCCAAGAACAGCGGUUGGCUGGUCUGCUUAUUCAGAAGAGUUAUGUGAUGAGAAGACAACCAGUGUUACAGUCUCAUCCCAUCGCUCCAACUCCCAUACGGUAGAUGCGAAGAUCGAGAGCUGUGCGUUCCCCUGAAACACGACCCCGCCAAGCCACACUGCUCGCUUAACCCGAAGCCAGCCACACCAACGUGUCGGAGGAAACACUGUACAGCUGGCGACCAAAGUUAGCGUGCGCUCGGCCCACCAUAACCCUCCCCUAAACCACAGACGACGCUGGGCCAAUUGUGCACUGCCUCAUGGGUCUCCCGUCGCUGGUGGCUGCGACACAGCCUGGGAUCGAACCCGGGUCUGUAGUGAUGCAUCUAGCACUGCGAUGCAGUACCUUAAACCGCUGCGCCACUCGGGAGGCCAAUGAAUUCUUAUUUUUACUGUGUUAUCUGACAAAGGUAUUAAUGUGAGUUUCUGUGCCUCAGCCUCCCCACACCUUGUUUUCACCAUAUCGAUUGUGGCGAUAAAGUCUCUGAAAUAGUGUGUGGUUUCAUAUCAUAGUGGGCCUUGCCAUUCACCUGAGAAUAGGGUGACCACAAGUUCCGGAUGUUAUCCGGACAGUCCUGAAUUUUGGCCCUUUACUCCGCAACCAAACAGUCAUGUCCCACAUUUUAUCAAGAACUUAAAACCGCACAAAUUUUUGCAAAACUUACAAAUGUCCUUGUUUUUGAAAGCAAAGCACAUUUCUUUGUCAAUUAAAAUAGCAUCAAAUUGAUCAUAGGCGUACAGAGGCCCAUUAUCAGCAACAAUCACUCCUGUGUUAAAAGGCUAAUUGAUCAUUAGAAAACCCUUUUGCAAUUAUGUUAGCACAGCUGAAAACUGUUGUGCUGAUUGAUUAAAUUCAGCAAUAAAACUGGCCUUCUUUAGACUGAGUAUCUGGAGCAUCAGCAUUUGUGGGUUCGAUUACAGGGUCAAAAUGGCCUGAAACAAACAACUUUCUUCUGAAACUCGUCAGUCUAUUCUUGUUCUGAGUAAUGAAGGCUAUUCCAUGCGAGAAAUUCCAAUGAAACUGAAGAUCUCGUACAACACUGUGUAUUACCCCUUCACAAAACAGCACAAACUGGUUCUAACCAGAAUAGAAAGAGUGGGAGGCCCCUGUGCACAACUGAGCAAGAGGACAAGUACAUUAGUGUCCAGUUUGAGAAACAGACACCUCACAUGUCCUCAACUGGCAGCUUCAUUAAAUUGUACCCGCAAAACACCAGUCUCAAUAUCAACAGUGAAGAGGUGACUCCAGGAUGCUGCAAAGAGAAGGCCAUAUCUCAGACUGGCCAAUAAAAAGAAAAGAUUAAGAUUGGCAAAAGAACACACAAUGGACAGAGAUACAGCUUUUUCUUUGCAACUCUGCCUAGAAGGCCAGCAUCCUGGAGUCACUUAUUCACUGUUGAUAUUGAGACUAUCAUUAUUGAUAUCUGAUAUUUUUGCAGCUCAAGACGAGACAUAGGCCUAUGUCAUAGGCCUUUCGUCAACAAAUAUUUAUCAAAUCCUUUCAGCCUAAAUGUCUGCUACUUGGAGAGGAUCGUCAGGCCUACUAACUACUUACAAAAAACAUGCUUCUGAUGAAGAGCUAGAAAAGUAAGUAAAUAGCCAUAUUCGACUGAAAGAUAAGCAUAGCAGUGGGAAAUAGGGUGCCGAGGGUGCUACACCCCCUGAAAAAUCAGAAAUACAAAAUAAUAUUAAUUCAUAUUUUUUCACAAAAGUUGUGCAUUGGGCCUUUACUAGUCCUGUAUUAGCAGACUGGUAUAGCCAUUUGUAGCACAGGCAAAAAAAAUUGAAAUUAUCAUUCAUGACUGACAGGGAUGAUGCAUUGGCCUAUUUUGAAGUUAGGUACAGGGUAGGUUACACUGUCCCAUAAAUCCUCCUGUUGUCUCGCAUUUGUGUAUUUUAAAUGUGGUCACCUUAAGUGGGAAUGAUUCAAGUGCAGCGGUCAAGUGCGGCCUUUUCCCACGAUCUAAGGGCGCUUUCUGGUUGAAUUUUAUAUAUUAAUAUUAUUAUUUUAUUUUUUUAAGGUUAACCACAUUAAUGAUUGAGAUAAAAAGACAUUUUAUACAAAUUAGUUUUAUUAUUAUUUCAAUCUUUAGCAGGAUUUUGGAAAUUCUCCUGCGAUCUCAUUUUCAUUUCAGGCGAACCCACAUGGGGUUGUGACCCCUAUUUUGGGAACCGCUGACCUAUGGUUUACCGCAGCAUAUCCAGACACAUGAGGGUGAUGACUUUAUACAGUAUGACUGUGACGGAAACUUUGUGUUGAAAUGUCUUUUUUUCUUUUCUUUCUAGUCAUUCAGGAGGGAUUUUAAAGACACUGAAGUGCUAAACUGGAUCACCAUAUUGGGAUGCUCCAUGUCCAUCAUAGGGUUGAGUUUAACAAUAACAUUCCAGAUGGUGACCAGGAAAUCACGCAAAACCAACCCAACGGUCCUCUUAAUGAGCCUCUGCAUGUGUCUCCUGAUCUUCACCCUACUCUUCAUGUUGGGAGUGGACAACCCUCAUAAACAGCUGGGCAAACCUGAAAUACAGGAGGACAACAUUCUCCCGCCGUCCGACAAACACACAGAGCAGGACAGAGGUCCCUGUACUGCAGUGGCAGUCCUGCUGCAGUGCUUCCUGUUGGGGACGUUCACCUGGAACACGCUGUACGCCACACAUGUCUUCCUGAUGAUCAGAAACAGCCUGGCCACCAGCCCAUCACACUUCACAGCCUAUACCGUGGCCAUCGGAUGGGUUGCUGGCUUGCUGCCCUCGAUCCAAAGGAGAGAACUUUGGCUUCAAGCUGCCAAUGUUUUGGGGGCUUUCUGAUACCUGUGGCGUUCAUGCUUAUGUACAACACAGUGGCGCUGAUAUAUUUUGCAGUUACAACUUGCAAGACCAACCCACAUUUAACCAGUACAAGACACACAUCAUUGAAGAAGAAGUUCCUCAGUAGCUUCUCACUGGCUGUGGUGCUCGGUCUCUCCUGGAUCCUGGGCUAUCUGUUGCUCAUUACACAGAACCAGACCAUGUACACCAUACUCAACAUCUCCUUCUGUGUUCUCACCACCACUCAGGGCUUGCAGAUUUUCAUUCUGUUCACAGCAAGAACAUCAGUUGUCAAGAAAAAGAUGUCAAGUACUUUAAAAUCUAUCUCUAGUGUUGGGAUCCCUCUUCACACUAGGAAGUUCAGUCUAUGGCGAGGCGAGCACAGUGAUAACGUAGAAUCAUACACACAGCCGGACACUGUCAUUUCCAACUUGUUCCUCACAGACCUCUAACUGAUGCGCUGCAAGUUCAAACCUAGUUUGUAAAACUUCUCCUCUUGUACUAUAAUAUACAAUAUACUGCACACAAUUUUAUAUCCACGUAGAGUUUACUGUGAAGACUAGUCCCUCAGAAGUUGUUGUCCAAAUAUUUUCAAGUGUUCAAUAAUUAUAUGGUUGUCUUUUAAGCAAA